AACUCCAUCACAUAAAACCACUGAAAUGCUGGUUAAAUUCUAGGGUUUUUUUUGUUAGAGUGAGCUUCAUCAGCAGCAAGAAGAAGAACCAGCCGCCGCCGCCGAAGAAUAUCCUCUUCCUACGCCGUCACCAUGGGUCGUAUGCACAGUAAAGGUAAGGGUAUGUCCGCUUCUUCCAUUCCAUACAAGCGGACUCCUCCUUCCUGGCUCAAGAUCUCCGCUCAAGAUGUUGAUGACAACAUUUGCAAGUUUGCAAAGAAGGGUUUGACACCUUCUCAGAUUGGUGUGAUAUUGAGGGAUUCUCAUGGUAUUGCUCAAGUUAAGAGUGUUACCGGUAACAAGAUCCUUCGUAUCCUCAAGGCUCACGGUCUGGCCCCUGAAAUUCCAGAGGAUCUCUACCAUCUUAUCAAGAAGGCAGUGGCUAUCAGGAAGCAUUUGGAGAGGAACAGAAAGGAUAAGGAUUCCAAAUUCAGGUUGAUUUUGGUUGAGAGCAGGAUCCACAGACUUGCUCGUUACUACAAGAAGACUAAGAAGCUCCCACCAGUCUGGAAAUACGAGUCUACAACCGCUAGUACUCUCGUGGCUUAAGCAUCUGUUUUGUUUUGUAUCCAUUGAAGUAGAAGAAAUGUUAUAUUCAGGCUGGGCACGUUGUGUUCCAAUUUGCUGUAUGGCCUUCUACAACCAGUAUAAUAUCGUUUAAAAUUAUGAUUAGAAAUUUUGUUUUUCUUUAGUAAGUGCUCUCAAAGGACUCGGGAGAUUUGCUUGCAUGUCUUGGUAAUUUGUCACUAUGAAGGCAUUUAGUUUGUGUUGGAAUCCUUAUGUUUAUUCAAGUUAAAUGCAUCUUUAUUUUAUGACAUUCAAUUUGCU